AUGAACGACAACUUGGCCGAUUCAGCCAAUUUGAACUCACAACGCACUCAGCCACGCGUCCUCUUCGCCUCGGACGCAAUCGAUUGGGAAUCUUUGGAAGAUGAUUCCUCCGAGAUGGACGUUCCAGUCGAGCAAUCUGAGCCGGGACAUCAGGAGAUUACAACUUCGUUUUUCGGUCUGAUUGGACGUCCUUAUGAAUUUCAGGAUUUUGAAGAGACCCAUCUCGCUCUUGCCCGAAUGCUAUCAAUCAUUCCCGACGGAGAUCCUGCAUCUGAACUUGUCUAUGAGAUAUUUGACAAUUUAUGGAAGAAUCAUGCUCAAAGGGCCCAGGACGCCGACAAUCACGUAUACUCUACCCCGAUCGUUAUCGAGACAAACGAUGAUCCCGAAACAAUUUACGAAUUUGGUGACGCUCACAAAAGUCGAUUCAAUCAUGAAGGAAACCUCGGGAGCCUUGAACGCGCCAUUGGUUGUCUGACAAGGGCUGUUGAGCUAGCAGGGGAAGAACACUCUGAAUUGCCAAAAUACCUUUUUGGCCUUGCUGAUGCUUUGCUCCAACGAUUUGAGCGCUUUUCGGGACUUGCUUUUCUUGAAGAUGCGAUUAAAUAUCAACGUCGGGGCAUCUCUCUGGUCAUGGAAACGAAUCCCCAGUUUUUAGCCGAUUUGGGUUAUUCACUAAUUCGGAGAUUUCAAGUCAAAGGCGAAGUUGCCGAUCUCAAUGAGGCGAUCGAAUUACAGGAGUUGGCGGUUGCUUCUACCAUAAACGAUAUUGAGAAAGUAGCGAUUUGUUAUAACGCUUUAGGAACAUCGCUUGUCCUGCGGUUCGAAAACUCUGGUGACCCUUUGGACCUUGAAAGGGCUAUCGAGUUACACCAACGCUCCUUUGAGCUUGAACUUGCAGCCGAAAUGAGAGCAACCACUGCUCACCUUCUCGGCUCUGCCCUCCAAAGAAAAUACUUGCAUUUUAUAGAUAUCGAGUACAUCGAGCGGGCCAUUUCAUAUCAACAACAAGCAGUCGAUUUGACCUCUACUAGCCACACCGGAAAGCCAGGAUAUCUCACUAACAUGGCGGUCUCCUUGCAUCACAGGUUCGAACACUUGGGAGAAGUAAAAGAUAUCAUAUGCGCUAUAUCCCAUCAGUUGACUGCGCUCGAUUUACUUCCCCGAAAGCACAGUCUCCGAUCAAGCUGUCUGGGAGAUCUGGGAAAAUCAUACCUCUUACUCUUCGGUAAUACAGGCAAUCUAACGGACAUUGAGAAAAGUAUUGAACACCUGUUAGAAGCACUUGAGCAUACGCCACAAAACAGCCCAGAUAGCUCAAAAUGGUUAUCGAGCCUUGGGGAUGCAUUUCGUCAAAAGUUCGAACUUCUUGGCGAGCUGAUUGACAUAGAUCGUGCUAUAAAUUGCCACCAACAGUCCAUUUCUGAGACAGCCCAGGGCAACGUAGACCAAGCUGGCAGACUGGAUCAUCUCGGAAACGCAUACAUGUCACGUUUUGAAAAAUUGCGGGUGCUGGCGGAUCUCGACAAUGCAAUCAGUCAGCAUCGAGCAGCCCUAUUGAUAUAUGGGGGCGGGAACAAGAAGGCGCAAGCCGCACUUCACAACCUUGGCGGCGCCCUCUGUAGGAGGUUUGACUACGUUGGCCAAUUAGACGACAUCCAUGAAUCGAUCGCAGUGAUCAGACAAGCCAUCAGUAUCUCGGCUAAAUCCUCGUAUUCGACGGUCCUGCAUAACUCCCUUGGCAUAUCUCUGCUAUCCAAAUAUAGGCGUACUAACCGGCUUGAAGACAUCAAUGAGUCCAUUUAUUGUUUGGAAUACGCAAUCUCUUUGACGAUGGACGGUCAUUCCGACAUGCCCAAUUGGCUACAGAACAUUUCCUUCGCUCUCAAACUACGUGACUCUCAUACCCCAAACCCUCACGAUAUCGCUAAAGCUAUCAUAUACCAAACACAGGCUGUGGAUCUUACUCCGGAACACCAUGUAAACCGGCCGGCAUUACUUACAGUGCUUGGAGAUCUUCUUGCCCUGGGGCAUUCUGGAGCAAAACGUGACGAUGCAAUUAGUGCAUACAGGAAGGCUGCUUUGUCCGUAGGGUCCCCGCAGCAUCGCUUUGAAGCGGCAUAUAGAUGGGGACAAAUGCUACUACUGCAGGAAGAAUCUCCCCUUGAAGCAUAUAAAAUAGCUUUUGCGAUCAUACCACAGGUUGUUUGGAUAGGAACGACAAUCGACCAGCGAUACAAGGAAGUCGCACCGAUAAGUCGUUUGGCGACUCAAGCUGUUGCUUCCGCAAUUGCAGAAAAAGACUAUAAGCUCGCACUAGAGUGGUUCGAAGAAGGGCGGUCGAUAGUAUGGGGCCAAGUACUACAACUUCGAACCUCGUUGGACCAGUUACGUGAAGUAGAUCAAGCACUCGCAGAAGAGAUGCAAAAGGUUGGAAAAGCACUCAACAGGAUUGCAUCAUUGAAGUCUAGUCACUCUAACCCUAGUACGCAACCAAAUGUACCUGAGCAUAUGGCGCAGUCUCAUCAUCGCCUGGCUGAAGACUGGGACCGGCUGCUAGGUCGAAUACGCCAGCUUGACGGAUUCUCGGAUUUCUUGCGCCCCAAAAAGGCAAACUCGCUCCUAAGGGCAGCCCGAAACGGGCAUGUCAUUAUUAUCAACGUACAUGAUACUGCUUGCAACGCUCUCAUUAUACGAGGAGAUAGGGCAGCCUUGGAUUGUGUUCCACUCCCGGAACUUUGUUAUCAAAAGGCUUUGGACGCUCAAAAUCGACUAAUGCAACUAUUGAGGGCCACGGGGGUACGGCAGCGGUCAGAAGGGUCCAGGAUCUCGUCGAAAACCAGAGGCAUUUCCCAAAAACUUAAAGAUUUGCGAAGAGCGUUUCUCCGGGUGACGCCAAACGUUUCUUCGGAGGUCUGUGACCACCCGGAAGGCGCUCCUAGACCCCAGACCUCCUCUAAAUACGCACGUGCUUGGACUAACAGAACAGAAAGAAGACCUCUAGUGAAAGAGAGCCUUAUCCAUCCAAUUUUGACUUAUCUGGAUUAUCUUAAUCCCAAGUUGGAAGACGGUUUGCCACAUGUUACUUGGUGUGUCAGCGGCCCCAUAGCCUUUCUUCCUCUUCACGCUGCGGGAGACUACAAGAGUUCCUACUCAUAUUCCAGGACCUUCAACUGCGUCGUCUCGUCUUACUCACCUACAAUUAGUGGACUGCUAACUUCGUCUCCAUCUAUCCAAGAUUUUUCCGGGAUUUUGAUGAUAAGUCAAGUAUCUACCCCUGGCUUUUCUACUCUGCCUGGAACCGAGAAGGAGCUUAGUUUAAUCUCACAACAUUUCAGCUCGUUGCGAGUCACUAAGCUUUCGGAGAUGGCCGCAACUCCAGAUGCUGUCUUGGAAGCUAUUGGCAGUCAUAGCUGGGUCCAUUUUGCGUGUCAUGCUUCACAGAUAGCACAGGACCCCGCCUCUAGUGCUUUAUAUCUCCAUUCCGGUACUCUUGAUUUGAACAAGAUCUCUAAAAAUUCCCUUGGUCGGAAGGCUUUUGCAUUCUUAUCUGCUUGUCAAACCGCCACAGGAGAUUAUAACUUACCAGAAGAAGCAGUACACUUGGCCGCCGGUAUGAUCAUGGCUGGGUACCCAACUGUUAUAGCGACCAUGUGGUCAAUUGAGGAUGGCGAUGCCCCGCUUGUUGCAGAUCACACAUACGCACAUAUGCUCAAGGACGGAGAGCCAGACAGUACCAAGGCAUCUUAUGCUUUGCAUCAGGCCCUCUCUGCGCUUCGUGAAAAGGUUGGGGAGCGCAAUUUUAUUUCUUGGGUUCCCUAUAUUCAUAUUGGUAUCUGA